AUGGCGCGAGCCACAGGCAUCCCUGACAUCCCAGAGGAAACAAGGCAGGCUAUCGCGCUGUAUCUCGCAGAGUGGUCCGCUUGCGGCCGUAUCAAGCGUGGAGCAGCAUCGGCUGCUGCCAAACGGUUUGGGUGCUGUCGUCAACAGGCGUCCAAGUUCUUUAAGGAGAGAUUAAAAGACCUACCAACGGCAAAAAGAGGGAGACCGUCGCCUCAAGUCGACACCACUAGGAUUGCCAGACGAGUUGCUCGAGUAUUUGCCACUCCACUUCGUCGCCGUUGGACGCUUCGAGCCCUAGCUCAUUCUGCUUACAUUCCAAAGACUACGCUGCUCAGAUACAUGAGCAAGCAGUUUGUAAAGCGAGUGACCGUCCGCGUCAAGCCGACGCUUUCGGCUGAGCACAAGCGAAGGCCCGUAGCGAGACUUCGCUACGACAACCAUCGAAAAUGCCAUUUUGAUGGCAAAAUUGGUAUAUGGCCCAUUGUCGAAGAGACUGUGACGCUGCGUACUUCGGUGAAUCGCCCCAAAGGGACAGUCAUUACGAAAUGUAUUGCUGUCUCACGGGAAGUCUAUACGAAGAUGCUCAUAGACCGUGUCUUCCCAGCUGUCAGAGCUGUUUGGCCAGGCGGUAAACGUCGUGCUAUAUUUGUGCAACAGGACAAUGCUGGUCCCCACGUCGUCGAGUAUGACCCUGUUGUAGCUGCCGCUGGCGUUCAAUAUGGUUGGACGCUAAAAGUAAGAUGUCAACCUCCCCGCUCCCCAGAUAUGAGCGUGCUCGACUUAGGUUUCUUCAAUUCAAUCCAGUCCCUCCAAUAUCAAGAGGCAACCUACACCAUCGACCAGCCAAUAGCCACUGUUGACCGUGCAUUCAAGGCAACUACGUCCACGACGCUUGAUCACUGUUUUAUGACGUUACAAAGCGUUAUGGAAACAGUGAUCAAGCACCACGGCAAGAACGACAACAAGUUUUAG